AGACCCGGGACCUCCUCAGAUUUGCCGGAAGGCUCGGCUGGCGGACCCUGCGGGGCGCCGGGCAUCGGCGCCGCAGGGCGGUGAAGCCAGGGCCUGGCUUCACUUGCAAAGCACUGGUCGCCCGCGCCGGCGCUGCAGCGCGGCAGGGGGCGGGGCCGGCUGCCGGGGAGGCCCUGGCGGCUGGGGAGUCUCCUGGCCCGGCCGGCUGCCCCGAGUGGGGCUUCGGCAUCGGCGACUGGGGCUGGGCUGGCGCGUGACCGGCUGCAGUCACGUUGUACUUAAUCACAGUUAGCUUGCGCUGCAGGCUGGCGGCGUUCACCUCUGUCCAAGCCGGGUGACCCAGGGGAUUUCUUGUAUGGUGCUUUCUCUGAAAUGCCAAAGCCACCCGAUUAUUCAGAACUGAGUGACUCUUUAACGCUUGCUGUGGGAACAGGAAGAUUUUCGGGACCAUUGCACAGAGCAUGGAGAAUGAUGAACUUCCGUCAGCGGAUGGGAUGGAUUGGAGUGGGAUUGUAUCUUUUAGCAAGUGCAGCAGCAUUUUACUAUGUUUUUGAAAUCAAUGAGACUUACAACAGGCUGGCCUUGGAACACAUUCAACAGCACCCUGAGGAGCCCCUUGAAGGAACCACAUGGACACACUCCUUGAAAGCUCGGUUACUCUCCCUGCCAUUUUGGUUGUGGACAAUUAUUUUUCUGAUACCUUACUUACAGAUGUUUUUGUUCCUUUACUCUUGUACAAGAGCUGAUCCCAAAACGGUGGGCUACUGUAUCAUCCCUGUAUGCUUGGCAGUUAUUUGCAAUCGCCACCAAGCAUUUGUCAAGGCUUCUAAUCAGAUCAGCAGACUACAACUAAUUGACACAUAGAAUCGGUCACCAUUUUUUCCCUACGAUUACAGAACUGCCAGUACUAUAUGGAGUCUGAUCACAAGACUUUAGUUUCUUCACAGAUCUCAGGAAGUUGUGGUGGGGCAGAGGCUUUUUAAAAAAUCUGACUAGGGGGUUAUCUUCAUCAGAAUAAUAAUGAAUAUUUAGGUACAGCCUGAGAUACAGUACUACAAAAUCAUGUUGAUGACUUCAGAUUUUGGAAGUAAAAUCCUGUCUGUUCUUUGCAUUCUUUAAAAACUUGACUAAGUACCUGAAUUCAUAUUUUUAUUCUACUGUGCAACAUAGUCAUGAAUCAGAAGUUUUUCCUUUGGAGGAAAAAUGAAUAUGAACAUUUCCAUUGUGUUAAGUGUAAAAAGGUGCAAAAAUGGUCAUAAAAUUUAAAUUUUAUACAAAAAAAAAAA